AUGGAGAAAUCAGCCAAGGACUGGCUCUGUGGUGCCUCAGACGGGAAUGGGGCAAGAAAGAAACGUUGUGAGAGAGCUGCAGCUUCUACUGCUUCAGCUGCCACCACAAACGGAAUAACGGUGAGGAAUAACACGCUGAAAAACUGGGCAAAUCUCAAACCUCAUAUCAGACCUGUGUUCUUUAGCUGCAACAUAAAAGAAGCAAAUGACAUUAUCCAACAUGGAUGGGAGGUACUUCCGGUCAGUAAGUCAGCUGCCUCCGGAAUUCCUGUUUUAAAAUAUAUGUUUUUAGACGUUAUCCGUAAGUUCAAAUCCAAAUUCUACGCUUACUCAAAUGGAGAUAUAUUAUUUGAUGAAGGAUUGAUCAGUACUUUGAAAACCAUUGUGUCAAGAUACUUUCCUCCGACGAAUCCAAUAUUGAUUACCGGUCAAAGGACUAAUGUUCAAAAGGUGACAGUUGCUGAAGGAACAAGUAUAGAAAGACUCUCUAUCAUUGCCAAACAAAGAGGCAGACUUUUUAUAACUCUUGCUGAGGAUUAUUUUAUAACUGAUCCGACAUUUCCUUGGGGAAGCAUCCCUGGGAUUGUGGUUGGACGUCCAGCUUAUGAUAACUGGCUUGUGUUGAACUCAUGCAAACUUGACCACACGGUGAUAGACGGAACUGCCACGAUUCUGGCAGUUCAUCAGACGACGAAGGCUGGUAACUUCGAAGGGAGGACUCACAGGAAUAGGAAUUUCAACUCCGGGCUGCUCUACAGCCUGUACCGGACUGUCAAAUACGCGGCUGGUUCCACAUCGUGUGCUCCAUUGGUGACAAAACGCAAUGAGACUGGAAUAUAUAUCAGUCGAAGAACCAGAUUUCCAAGAUCUUGCUACCACUUUUAUAAAUCAUUUGGUAACAAGACAAAACUGGUUGGUUUUCAAAUCCCGAAGAACAAGUGAUGAUCUGUCACAGUUGACAGGUCUUGUGCAAGACGCUGGUUUUGUAUAAAAGGGUAUGUGUGUGGAUCAGUGAAAUGAAUGAGUGAAUGGGUGAGUGAAUUAGGAUUUAAAGGAUAUAUACGGUAAAAAACCCGAAAUCGACUCAAAUCAAAGAAAAAAUAACUUGAAGGAAAACUAUAUUUCUUAAAUCAACAUGUGGCAGUAUUUCAGCCAUAUCGUGACUAAAACAAGUCAUGCAUUGAGAAUAAAUAAAGUAAUGUCAUAACAGCUGUCGACAAAGGAAAGUAAAACAACUAGAAGAUCACAGAUAGAGAUUUAAAGCUAGCAUAUACAUGUAACAUAAAACUAUUCUGAACAACACAAUGUAAAACAAUGGGAUGUAAAUCGUCAGUAACUGAAGGUAGAUCACCAUUCCAUCGACCUUUGGACUUUUGCUACCAACCUAGCUGGAUUUACAUCGUUCCGUCAGGUGUUGGCAAUUUGUUUUGCGCAAAUUAGCCAAGCAGUACAGGAUUAUAUAUUCUACGAUUUAAGUCAGGGAGGAUGAAAAAUAAGUAAGUAAGUGAGUUUAGUUUUACGCCGCUUUAAGCAAUACUCCAGCAAUAUCACGGCGGGGGACACCAGAAAUGGGCGUCACACGAUGAAAAACAACUUUGAAUGAAACAGGACUUACACACCCACGCAGGGUGUCGGUCAAAUGAGGUGCUGGAAGCCAUUGUGAAAUGUAGCUACGUGAAAUGAUGGCCGUUGCUGUGGAUGAAUGCUUGGAUAAUACCGAACUCAUGACAAGUCUAUCCUUGGUGGAAACUGUAUGUUCACAAGAAUCGAAUCGAGUUAAUACAUUUGAUUGUUAACCACCAACUUGUGCAUUGUUGACAUAUUAUUUUAUGUCCUUACCUACCCCUGCCGUGAUAUUGCUGGAAUAUUGCUAAAAGCGGCGUAGAACUAAAUUCAGUCCCUUGGUGGAAAAAGUAAAAAAGUAUGUUCACAAGAACUGAAUCGAGUUAAAAUAUAUAUUUUUUUAUUGAUAACUGCCAAUUUGUAUUUGAAACAGUAUUGAAAUCACAAACAGUAUUUGAGCUCAGCAUAGAGUGAUUAAUUCAAUAUUAGCCUCAAAAUGGAUGUUCUGUUGCCAGUUCAGUUGAAAAAUAUACUGAGAGAAAGAAAUAAAGGAUCACAGGAAAAUUCAAGCGUUCCUUUAUUAUUUUCCAGUUUUCAUCACCAGCUUUGAAUAGCGCUGUGGUGAUGAAA